CGAAUCAGAUACCUUUUUUUUUUAGAUUUUAUUUUAUUUUUGUAUUUCCUAGUUUGAUUGGUGAUGCGAUGGUGAAACUGACAACGAAAUUUUCGUCCCCACAAAACCAAAACGAGAGGCAAAGAGGAGCCAACUCAGCCCAUCCAUAGAUUAAGAAGCUAAUGGGCAUUGCAAUGGCUUCGACAAGCCACACGAUUUUCCAUCGUCUCCCGUUUCUUUUUUUGUUUUAUUUAUAUUUUCUUCAUUUUCAUCUUUCUCCCUCCUACUCACUAGUAUCCAUUAACCUCAGAAAAUGAGAGUUUGGUGAACUUUCAAAGGUUGUAGCUAUUUAGAACAUUUGCGCUAUGUUGCCCGUUUGCUCAGCCACCCCUGGUUCUUCUUCACAUUCUCAGCUUUCUUUCCAUGGUGGUUUGCGACCUUUCACUCCAUUCCAAAAGGAUUUUCAGUUCAGAUGUAAUGCGCAAGACAAGUCUGUUCUGGGAAUGUCAGGAGGAAAUCUCCAUAGAAUGUCCUUUAAACCACAAGCAAUGGAACCUUUCUACACCAGUUUUGCUGAAACCACUGAACAACCAGUGCCUAUGGACCUCAUUAAUAAUUAUUCUUGCCCAGAAAAGUUCAAUGAUGCUAAAUGCAACAUUUCUAAUGUCUGGAGUUCUUCAGUCAAAGCAGUAAAUGACUCAAACGCAUUAGAAGAGAAACUUGUGGAUUUAACAAACCAAUCUGUAGAAAAUGCCAAUAAUUCCAUGGGGAUGGUGGGAUCUGAAACCAUCUCAACUAUUGACACAAUGGUUGAGAAUCCAAUUGCAGCGUCUAGCACCCUGAACUUUGACAACGAUUCACUAUCCGGUGGAAUAAACAGUCUUGAUAAAUUUCUGACUGGGGUUAAUGAGUCCUUCAACUCUUCAGUGAACAGGGGAGAGAAUGCUAUGAAAAACUUAUUGGAUAAAAUUACUUCUUCUAUGACUUCUGUUACAACAAGUGCCUCUGAAGCUGUAGACAACGCUCAAGCAUUAGCUGAUAAUAAGGUCUCUAACUUGUCAAAUGAUUUGAAUGAAGCCUCAAAUAAAGCUAAUGCUUUUGCUGUUGACUUGUUGAGACGUACAAUAGUUGUAGUGGAGAAUUCUUUAUUUAAUGGCGCUUCCUUUUUUGGAUAUUAUUAUGGGUCUGCCAAGGAACGUCUUCCACCAGAGAUCAAAGAUGCAUUAACUCUUUACGAAGAGAGAACCGGAAAAGCCUUAAAGCCUGUUGGUGCAGCCCUGCAACAGGUUUACACCGGCAUUGAGGGGGUGGAAAGGAGUCUAGGGUUUGACCCGAGUGAUCCCAUUGUCCCAUUUUUCCUUCUUUUUGGCACCUCAGCCUCUUUAUGGGUGUUUUACUGGGUAUGGGCAUACGGUGGUUACUCUGGGGACUUAUCUCCUAAGCUAACUUUGGAGCUCUUGUCUGGAAAGGAGAAUGCUUUCCUUAUUGAUGUCCGGCCAGAGGUCCUUAGAGAGGGAGAUGGCAUUCCCGAUCUUCGGCGAGUAGCUCGGUUUCGUUAUGCAUGUGUAUCUUUACCUGAGGUUAAUGGCUUAAUGGGUAAAGUAUUGAAGAGUGGAAGGGACCUUGAUGACUCCUUGAUUGCUGUAGUUAUUCGGAACUUGAAAACCAUUGAGGACAGGUCCAAGGUCAUAAUUAUGGAUGCUGAUGGUAGUCGCUCCAAAGGAAUUGCAAGAUCAUUGAGAAAUCUUGGGGUUAAGAGACCAUACUUGGUCCAGGGUGGCUUCCAAUCUUGGGUGAAUCAGGGUCUCCGAGUUAAGGAACUAAAGCCAGAGACAGCGCUUUCUAUACUUAAUGAGGAAGCUGAGGCAAUUUUAGAAGAUAUCAAUCCAUCUCCAGUACAAGUUCUUGGGUAUGGUGUGGGUUCCAUAGCAGCAAUUUAUGCACUGCUAGAGUGGGAGAAAUCAUUACAGCUUAUUGGCAUUCUUGGCCUUGUCCUGACCGUUUACCGGAGGGUCUCUUCAUAUGAGAAUGCUGAAGAUCUGAAGAAAGAUUUGACGUUGUUGUUGGGUCCUGCUAAAGUUGGAGCUGUGGCAUAUUCAUGGAUUGCUGGGAAGUUAGAGACCAAUGGCAUUGGACUUUCGACCUCACCUUCAUCCUUAGAUGUUCAAAACCGAGUGUUGCAGGCUGCUGCGAAGCUUGAAUCUCAACCAUCCAAUGCAGAAGAUCCAUCGAUUACUCCAAUAAAUGAGAAAGUAGAUCUCUCGGAAGCAUAGGGUCUUGGAUUUCAUCAUCAUCAUAUUGGUGAAAUGCAAGUUGACCUGCCUCACUGAUAUAAUAUUUUCAAUACCCUAAGAAUGAGUCUUGUACAUUAGUGUUACAUCAACAAGAGUUGUAUACUAAUAAUAAUCAUUGAACAAAUAAUACCAGCCAAACCAAUAAACAAGUUUGAAAAUUGCUUUCAAACUUGUGGCUCAACUUAGCUUAGUUUGGUGGUUUUGGUUAGAAAUUGGCGAACCGUAUGCAGAAUAUAUGUUACUGGUUUUAGUAUAUGUUUAAUUAUCAUUCGCAAGUUGACCUUCAUAUUUAAUAA